GCGGUGACGUCGGUUGCCCCUGUUAACAGAGAGUGGAAUGAAAGGAGGAUAAUGUACACGAGAGCAGAGUAGAGGAGCGCAGGACAACUUCAAAGACACUAGCAGGUGUGUACACGAGAGAAGUAGAAAUUAUCUAUUUAAUAUUCAAUCACUGCUGCAGUUAAAAGUCCACUGUAAAUCAGCAAAAGUCCAUGAAAAGUAAACCCGGAAGGUGGCAGUAAUGGAACACUGAGGGUACCAGCUGCAGUUAAAACUCCAACAGAAGAAGAACAAGUCAUCAGAACGAAACAAAUAUGGCGAUACCCUGGAGUGCAAGGGGGCUUAUACUAACUUUAUUCGCUUUAAGUCACGUUUUUGUCUGUACGCAAGCCGAGGAGAUGGCUGCGGAGCCGAGAGGCGUCACCCGGAUCCUGGGCAUGAGGCUGGAAAAGAGCGACAAGCCGGCUGGGACCACCGAAAGAGGAGUGAUACAGGUGACCGAAGGCAGCGACAUCCUCUUCAGGUUCUACGGGCUCCACUUGUUUCCUAACACUUCUCAGCUCAUCCGGUUCAUGGAACUGUACUCCAGUGAUAAAGAGGACGAUGAAUUCGGCUCUAUUAUGGUCUCAUUAAACAGGACAUGUCCUGAAGACACGAAGGAUAUAGAAGUGAAGACGUCCAUGGAGCUAAACAGCGAAACCACCUCCGGAGUGGUCCAGCUCCGAAUUAAGCAGCUCCGCAAGAGUGAGGUGGUAAAGGUGUUCGGGUUGUGCUUGCGCGACUCGCGGGAGACAGAUUGGUACAUGCUUGAUGGCAAUCACGGAAGACUGCGAGUGAUGGAGGAGAAAAAGUCUCUGCUGCCCAUCUGGCUGCAGGUGAUCUUCAUCUCAUUCCUGUUGGUGCUGUCAGGCAUGUUCAGCGGGCUAAACCUGGGGCUGAUGGCGCUGGACCCGAUGGAGCUGCGCAUUGUGCAGAGCUGUGGCACGGAGAAGGAGAAGAAGUACGCACGGAAGAUAGAGCCCAUCCGCAGGAAGGGAAACUACUUGCUUUGCUCGCUGCUCCUCGGCAAUGUCCUGGUCAACACCACCCUGACCAUUCUCCUGGAUGAUCUCACGAACUCAGGUUUCGGCGCUGUGGCCGCUUCCACCGUUGGCAUCGUUAUUUUUGGCGAGAUUGUCCCCCAGGCCCUGUGUUCUCGGCACGGCUUAGCAGUCGGGGCAAACACCAUCCUAGUCACCAAGUUGUUUAUGCUUCUAACUUUCCCACUGUCGUGGCCAAUUAGCAAGAUCCUGGACUGCGUUCUGGGUCAGGAGAUUGGCACCGUGUAUAACAGAGAGAAGCUGGUGGAGAUGCUGAAGGUCACCGAGCCCUACAACGACCUGGUGAAAGAAGAGCUCAACAUGAUCCAAGGUGCUCUGGAGCUCAGAACUAAAACGGUGGAGGACGUCAUGACGCCGCUCAACAACUGUUUCAUGAUCCACAGCAGUGCUGUCCUGGACUUCAACACAAUGUCCGAGAUCAUGGAGAGUGGCUACACCAGGAUACCGGUUUAUGAGGCAGAGCGCUCCAACAUCGUAGACGUCCUGUUUGUCAAAGACCUGGCUUUCGUUGACCCUGAUGACUGCACCACCCUGAAGACCAUCACCAAGUUCUACAACCACCCUGUCCACUUUGUCUUCCAUGAUACCAAGCUGGACUCCAUGCUGGAGGAGUUUAAGAAAGGAAAAUCCCAUCUGGCCAUUGUGCAGAAGGUGAACAAUGAAGGAGAUGGCGAUCCGUUCUACGAAGUUCUGGGCCUGGUCACUCUUGAGGACGUCAUUGAGGAGAUCAUUAAAUGCGAGAUUCUGGACGAGUCCGAUCUUUACACUGACAAUCGCACCAGGAGAAAGGUGGCACCCAACAAAAACAAGAGAGACUUCUCAGCCUUCAAACAUGAGAGUGAAUCCAAAGUGAAGAUUUCUUCUCAGCUUCUGCUCGCUGCCCAUCGGUUCCUGGCUACAGAGGUGAGCUUGUUCAGCCCGUCUCAGAUCUCAGACAAGGUCCUGCUGCGUAUCCUGCGCCAUCCAGAUGUGAUCCAGGAGAUCAAAUUCAACGAGAACGACAAGCUCUCACUGCAUCACUACGUCUACCAAAGGGGCAAACCGGUCGAUUUCUUUGUGCUCAUCCUGCAGGGUCGAGUGGAAGUUGAGGCCGGUAAUGAGAACAUGAAAUUUGAGACCGGACCGUUCUCAUCCUACGGCGUCAUGGCACUAAGUGCUCCUACAUUGGAAUUUCGCUCGCCCUCACACCUUAGCGGCCUGAAUCGGACAGCGUCUCUGAGCGGCACAGACAGGACAGAGUCCCUCUCCAUCAGCGGUAGCAACAGUCAGCUCAACAACAGUUUCCCCACACAACAGUACACGCCAGACUUUUACGUCCGCGCCCUCACUGACCUGCAGUUUGUCAAGAUCACACGAACUCAGUACCAGAACGGUCUGAUGGCGUCCCGUUUAGACAGCACGCCUCAGUCCCCGGAGAGCGGCCACAACCCAACCCGCCUGGACCAGACCAAUCCACUGGUGACCACGGCCAACAUCGCCAUCACGGACGUGACCGCGGACUCCGGCGCGACAGAGAACGGGCCUGAUGAGAUGACACUUCUCCUCCUCAAUGAGCAGAACUCACCGAACACGGCCAACCACCACAGCCAAUUGGAGAACAGCAUCUGAGCCACGCCCCCCGCACCUCCCCAACAUUCACUACAUUUGCACGCAUGCACUACUGGGUUUGCAUAAUGUACAGGGGAGGCGAUGUGUGUGUGUGUGUGUGUGUGUGUGUGUGAGAGAGAGAGAGCAAGCGUAUAUGUUUAUGUUCGUGUGAUAGUGAUACAAGCCAUGUGCAUGCAUAUUGUGUAAAUAUGCAAGAGUGAAACAGAGCUCACCGUUUAUACACACAGACGUCACCAAGUGAACGGUAGGAACUCUUCUCUUCUCUUCUCGUCAGCCUGUCCAUCGUUUGUGGACUCAUCAACACCAAAAAUAUUUUAGUGCGUGCUCUGUCUACACGGUGUGUGUGAAGUGUGUGUGUGUGUGUGUGCAUGAGAACUCUCUACGUAUGACGUCAAAGAUCUGGAGAACAAUGCUUCUUUGGACCAGAAAAUUCCUCCCUGUCUGGUCCGUCAGAGUGAUUCCUGUUUGUAAGGCUCGACAGUGAUGCAUCUUCCUUUUCUCUGAUGUUUUGUGUGUGUGUGUGUGUGUGUGUGUGUGUCACGAAUUUAUUGUCCCUUAUCAGAGACUCAGGGAGAAUCCCCGACGGUCAAGUGUGAUAAAAACUAACCAUCCCAGCGCUGCACUGUUACCACGUUAUCCAUACAGCUAGAAGACAAAGAUUAGCCUAGCCUAGCCUAGCAUGUGGGCGGAUUUCACAAAUGAUCUAUUAAAAAAGUUUGUGUUGUGUGUACACACAGACACACAACAAAGUGGGUUUCCAUUCACUUAUAAUUACAUAUAUUCAUAUAUAUAUAUACAUAUGUGUGUAUAUAUAUAUAUGCAAAUAUAUAUAUCUACUUUUAUCUCUAUAAAAAAUAUAUAUACAUACAUAUUUAUCUAUAUAUAUAUAUACAUAUAUAGAUAUAUAUUUACAUAUAUAUACUUAUAUAUAGAUAUUAAUAAAAAUAUAUAUGUACCGGUUGUACAAAGUAGAAACACAUGCAGUACUGUGCAAAAGUCUUUUGCCACCACUGGCAAAAGAACAACAGAAAGGGGGCGACAGACCUCUGAUGUUCAGAGGUGUGAUUGACAGCUCGGAGCUCCACUUUAAUUUGGGGCCGUACACCUGCGACAGCAGUGUGACAGGAACCACAAAUUUAAAUAUUGACAAGUUUGUUCCAGAUUUUUUUUGGCAUUACUCUCAGGUUCUACUAACUCAAGCCAGAACAUUAUUAAAAAGUGUUUUUUUUUAUGAUGUAAUUUCCUUUUCAUUCAUGUUGGCCUAAGACUUUUGCACCACAUAAACAACAGGAGCCUUUAUCCCAGAGAUGUAAAGAGAUUCAGCGUCAAGUUUGUUCUGUGACUAGACAAUCACCGUGACUCAAAUGAGGGUGUUCGGCUUAAAUUAAAUGUAUUAUCCGGUACGGUAACUGUAGCGGCCCCUAGAGGCCUGUGCCCUGCUUAGCUUUACACUGUUCUCUACGGCAUCGUGUCAGUCCACUUCCUGUAUCGGUGUCGGAAUCCAUGUCCGCUCAUGAAAUCCUACUGUUCUGAGAGAGUGCUGUGCGUAUGUGUGAGUGUGUGUGAGAGCCAAAGGCUGUGGCCAGACCUGGAGAUAACAGAAACCAAAGGAGGGAAAAGUGUGACGACCUUCUGACUAGAAAAUAUUAUGAGCAAUCUCCGUUUUUUUUAUUUAUUUAGUUUAAUGUUUGUAAAUAUUUUUUGUUGAUGAACAUGGCAAGAAAUCAGAUUUUUUUUUUUUUUGACUCAAUGUGAGUUUUGAUGUUUUAAAUGUACUUUUUUUUCCAUGUGUUUAAUCAAUUCCUGGGGGGGUGUUGUAGGGAGAGGAGGUUACGUUGUUCGUCUGUCCGUGUGUGUGUGUGAACUGAAAACACACAUCUCAAUCCUAUCAUCAACCAAAAUUUGUCGGUUCAAUACCCUCAUGUUCAGUAUGUUCAUGUAUAUUUUCUCAUCCAUCACACUCCAAAAACGUGUUCAUGUUUUGAAUUUUUUUUUUUUUCCGGUUCUUUUUUUUUUCCGGUUCUUUUUUUUUCCCCCCGGUUCUUUUAUAUAUAUUUUAUUGGUGAUUUAUUACAUGCAGAAUAAAUCACACCUCAAGAUUUUGAAAUCAAAUACUGAAA